AUGAAUACGAUGAGCUUAAUUGGAUACUGUUCCACUCUGCUCAGCUAUUUAUUUGAAUGCAAACUGUGUUUCGUGGAUUUAUUACUCGUAUUUCGUUUGUCUCCUUCCAGCGGUCCAUUAUUUUGCUGUCUGAUUCCAUUCUGUGUGGACGGAUGCAAAGAUGCAGUACACACAUGUCCUCAGUGUCACGCAACUCUCGGUGCAUACAAAAGGCUCUAG